GUAGGCGCUCCGUUGAUAACCAAUCAUUCUCUAAGCCCCCCUCGCCCCGGGGCUGCCUUCUCUCCCGCUGAUGAAGUUCUUCUCUGACCGGGCAGGCUUGUCAGUGCCAGGAGCUGGAGCACGCAACCCGGAUCUUCUCAGCUCCAACAUCAAACUGAGGCAGAGGCGCCGAGUAUCCACCGUGACUUCUCCGCGGAAUCGACACUUCCCGGAUCCGGCGCUCCAAUGUUCUGGAAGGGCGAGAGCCUGGUUCCUCCGCCAGAGGGGAAGAAGGUUUUGGCUGAAGAUAUUUUGGCCGAAAAGGUGAUGUCGCAGGAGAGGGAACAUCACCAAGGCGCGUCUCGCUGCGUGGAAGGCACCGUUUCCCGGAGCGUGUCUCACUCUGACAGCGACACGUUGGGAACGAGCAUGGGCAAGGAUGAGAUUCGAUCUUCGCCCAGCCCUCCGUCUACCCCUUCUAUCUCAUCCCCGCCUUCAUCCUCCUACUCCAUUAUCUCCGCCGACAAAAACAUCUGUGCCAGCUGCGGGUUGGAGAUCCUAGAUAAAUAUCUGUUGAAGGUGAAUAAUUUGAUCUGGCAUGUCCGCUGUUUGGCUUGCUCGGUCUGCAGGACUUCCCUGCGCAGACACGCCAGCUGCUACAUUAAAAACAAAGAAAUCUUCUGCAAAGUGGAUUAUUUCAGCCGCUUCGGUACCACCUGUGCCCGGUGCGGGCGGCAGAUCUUCGCCAGUGACUGGGUGCGCCGGGCGAGGGGCAACGCCUACCACCUGGCCUGCUUCGCCUGCUUCUCCUGCAAGAGGCAGCUCUCCACGGGCGAGGAGUUCGGGCUGGUCGAGGAGAAGGUCCUGUGCAGAAUUCACUACGACACCAUGCUGGAAAACCUCAAACAGGCGGCGGAGAACGGUAACGGGCUGAGCCUGGAGGGAGCUGUACCUUCGGACCAGGACAGUCACCCCAAGCCGGCAAAGCGAGCACGGACCUCCUUCACCGCGGAACAAUUACAGGUGAUGCAGGCACAGUUUGCACAGGACAACAACCCCGAUGCACAAACGCUCCAGAAACUGGCCGACAUGACCGGUCUGAGCAGGCGCGUUAUCCAGGUCUGGUUUCAAAACUGCAGAGCACGGCACAAAAAGCACACGCCGCAGCACGCCGUGGGUCAGCCUGGACCCCCUCGGUCGCGCCUCCCUCCGUCCCUACCCGAGGAGCUCCAUUACCAAGCGUUCAGCCAUCACGAGCGGACCCGGAUGGUAGCACUACACGGAUACGUGGAGAACCACCCGUUCUCUGUACUGACUGCUCAGUCAAUCCCACACCAAGCUUUGGCUUUGCCGCAAUUGCCGAUUAGCCGGUGAAUCCCUCGACGGCAAAAUCCAGCUUUUGAAGAACAGAAGGCAUUCAUGGAUCGUGUGAUGGAUCAAGCAGAAAUUUAGUUUGUAAAUCCCGCCUGUGUACAUUCUCGGUCAUGUUGUUAAGCUCUACGCUGUUCACACGGUCUGGCCUGCAGAUCGUAUCGAAUUCAAUUCACUAUCCAAGGAAAUGCUGGAAAUGCUCGGCGAGGCAGGCAGCAUCCGUGGAGAGAGCAGACGAGUUGACGUUCUCGGGUGUGGGCCCCUCUCUCAGUCACGGUUUUCAGCAGCUGCACCACUGUGUUCCUUACAAAGGAACCUACUGACUAUAGUCUGGAGCUGGACCUACUUGCUGCUUCUCGGGAGACUGGUGAAGAAUCUUCUGCAUUACGUGUCUGAUAAUUGUAUUAGAGCUGGGAGCUGGGUGAAGGAGAUGGUUCAUCAAAUCAUCCUUACUGAUGCAACACACCCUUAAGCAGAAGUGGAAGAGACUUUGAGCUUUAUUUCACUUCUUUGAUUUGUUCCAUUUCCCUUGCAGUCGACAAUGCAAUAUGAAGGAAAGGCCUGCCUGAUGACUCACACCUUGCAGUUGCUCACAACUUGUCCCCUUUAACAUCCUGUCCCAUCUGGAGUUCUCUUCACCCAUUCUUUGCGUUGCAGUCCGUUGACAUGCAGCAUGACGUAGCUUUCCCUCAGAGCCCGGCUCCACAUCGGAAAACACGCAUCGUAAUUCUCUCUUUCUCUCUCACUUCAUGUCUCGAGCUCUCGGUUCCAAUAGAACCCACAAAGAGAAACCCUCUCCUCUGUUUCCCUGUUGCACCCACACACACCCACUGGCAACACCGCAAAUUCACUCCUUGCCUGUGAAGGCUUCUCCAUAGAUCAGCGUUUGAGCCAUGCCGAACCGUAUACAUUGUGUUGAGGGGACACUCGAGCAGUUUCAUGAACUCCAUUCAAAUCAAUGGAUCUGUGCUCUAACGGGGAUAAAUAACAUGGCUUCCAGUAAUA